CUAGUAACGAGCGCACUAACUAGAAUAAUACCCGUUUGUGUGUGCAGUUAAAGAAAUUAUUAUUUUUCACAGCUUGCGCGUUAAUUAAUAAUUAACGAAAUAUCCAGUGAACAAAAUAGGUGUGUUUGCCAGAAAUCAUUUUAGAGAAGAGUUAAGUUUUUUGGCAUGUCUCCUGUCGCCUAUCUAACCACCGUUCUCCUUUGGGGAAUCUACCUACACCGUUCAGCCUCAGGGCAGUGUGCCCAAUACUCAGAGCCCAACACGGCUUUAGUAGACUCAGCGUACAAGACGGUUGACGUAGCAAACCUCGGCGAAUGCAACGUCAAGUGUGAUGAAGAUGAAAAGUGUCUUAGCGUCAACUACUGGAAGUUGGAAAACAAGUGUGACCUGAAUAACGCCACCAAGACCAUGUAUCCAGAAAAAGUGAAGGGAGACAGGAACGCGAUCUACGCCAACAUUCGUGAGGGUAUAAAAGGUCCGAAGAACUGUGCAGAUGUGCUGAAGUUUGGAGGAAAGAGUAACGGUGUAUACACAAUUCACCCAGAAGGAGAAUUCGACGCCUUCAAGGUGUACUGUGACCAGACAACAGAUGGCGGGGGAUGGACCGUGUUUCAGAGAAGACUAGAUGGGUCCGUGGACUUCUAUCUCGGCUGGGCUGACUACAAGCAGGGCUUCGGCAUUGAGACUGGAGAGUUCUGGCUCGGUUUGGACAAGAUCCAUUUGUUGACACAUCAGACCGAGAAUACGAGUCUCCGUGUAGAAAUGACAAACUCGGACAUGGCCACCAAGCACGCUAAGUACAGCUACUUUGCCGUGUCCGAUGAGGACAACAAAUAUACUCUUCGCCUCGGGAGCUAUUCAGGAGAUGCCGGUGAUGCGAUGAAGAAGCAUCAUGGGCGUCCCUUCUCGACUAAGGACCGUGACAACGAUGCAAAUAGUAGAAACUGCGCAGUUACGUAUCAUGCAGCGUGGUGGUUUAUAUCCUGCUUCGACUCCAGCUUGAACGGGCCUUACCACCUUCACAGUGGCCAUGGCAUCGCCUGGAAUACUUGGACUGUGAAUUUGAAGCACAGUGAGAUGAAGAUGAGACCGGUUAAUUUCCCUGGCUCUCAAUAAUGGUCAUAAGCUAAAAGACCCUUCAUUAUUUAGAAGAGGGAGGAUGAGUGGGAAAGGGGGAGGGGGGGGGGGGCUGAAAAUUUGCAAAAAGGGAGGAUCUUUGAACAUAAAAUGUACAAAGGGGGAGCAGCCUGGCCUGGCAGAUGAAUGAUUCCCAUAAAUCUCCUUUUCUAAGGUUUGACAUGUCAUGUGUGAGAACUGGGGUAAACGAGGGAGCGAAGCGACCAACUGACGCGGCGGAAAGCUUCACAACUCAGACAAUUGUGUUUCGUUAUCACAUGAGGUUUCUCUGUAUGUUUCUUGUUUACUAGAAGAGCCUCUUCGCCAUUCCUUUACGACUGAUAAGGUUUCUGCACAGCCGUCCUUAGUGUAAGUCUGAAAUACCACCCACUAAGGGCGGAGACACACGUUAUGCUAGUUCCUAGGAAAACAUUUGUUUCCUGAACAUGCAAGAUAAUCGACCUUUCCAUCACAGUUUGAGUAGAUUGUAUAUAUAAAGAUGCCAAUAUUAUAAAUGUAUAAUAAUAGCAUUCAAAUAAAGGUACCUGCAAGUAA